GUUUUUGUCCAUACAAACUGAGGGACAGGGAAGGACAAAGUAACUAUACACUUCAGCAACUAUGAAACAGCAAGCUGGGAAAUUCUGUGUUUACGCAGUACCUUUUUGCCUGUUCUCCUUGUGGAUGGCUGCCUACAUCGGCGCUGAAGAUGCAGUGAAGGAGAAUGCAACCGUCCCCUUCAGCUCUCCUGCAACAGCCUACAAAGUGGUGCUGCCCCCAGUGGUGACCACCCACGAGCCAGGGCUUCCAUUUGUGUCUCAGACCCCAGCCAAGGAGAAAGCCAAAGAAGGCGAAACCGUGGUCCUGAACUGCCAGUUUCACAGUCCCUGGGGUCCAUCUCUGAACAAGCUGACAGUGAAGUGGUACAAAGAGGAUGAAAAGGGGCAGUGGGACCUACUGGAGAACAAUGUGACUCUUUUGACAAACUACUCCAGGGCGUUCUUAAAUGGGAACCUAACCCAGGGAGAUGCCUCCCUGACUAUCCUCAAUGUGACAGCCAGGGAUCAUGGCAUCUAUUUCUGCCAGGUGACAUGGUCCAGUGGGAAAGUGGUGACAGGAAGUGGCACAAAGCUCAGGAUCAGGAGGGCACUGGGGUUGUUUGGCAUCGAAGAAUCCAUUGGAACAAUCAUUGGGGUUGUGGCAGCUGGUAUAGGAGGCUUGGUGGUUCUGAUUAUAGUUUUAACCCCUCGGUUGAGGAAGUGUCUCCUGUGCUUAAAGCAAGCGCCUCUUCAAGCAUAGCUUGAGCUGCGUGGUUACAGAAGACCCCAGAAGACUUUCAACAGCUUCUUGUACGAAUGUCACGUCACAUUCUAUAAGCCUCAAGGGCAGCUGUCGGCGCGAUCCGUGUGUGCAGUCUAUAGCUACAAUAAAAA